CGGGCAAGGAGUUGACAGUUGCUGGAGUUGAGGGUAGAAGUGUUGCCUGGGAUCUCCUGAGCUGUGUGGCCAGGCCACCACUGUAACACGCAAGCAGCAUACAGUACCUCACUGUAACCAUACACUGCAGAUUACAGUAUUAAUAUCAGUUCCAUACACAGCCAGUGACAGCAAAAAUGUUGGAAUUCAACUGAAAUUAUUCGGAGGAAAACACUACUGAACUGAAUCUGCUCUAGACGACCACCACAGUCGUCCUCCACCACAGUCGUCCUCUACUACAGUCGUCCUCCACAAGGUCCUCCGCCGCCAUGACCGUCCACUACACAGAUAAGGUUGCCAGUCGAGGUGGCUUUGGCUCCUUCUGGAAGCUCCUGCUCAAGUGGCGAGGCAGUGUGUACAAGAUGGUGUGGCAGGAUAUGCUUCUCUACAUCGUCCUCUACUACACCUUGUCUCUCCUCUACCGCUUCGCGUUCCCCAGCGACUUACAAAGAAUGUUUGAGAGACUUGUGAUCCACUGUUCCCGGUUCCGUAACCUGAUCCCGGUGUCCUUUGUGCUGGGCUUCUUCGUGUCCCUUGUGGUAAACCGGUGGUGGGGUGUAUACCAGACUCUACCCUUCCCCGACAACACUGCCAUACUCACCGCUACACAUAUCCCAGGCCAGAAUGCAGCAGCGAGGGAGGCAAGAAGCACCAUACUUCGCUACGUCAACCUCACCAUUGCCCUCACCUUCACCAUCAUCUCUCCAGUGGUGAAGAGAAAGCACCCAACACUCAACAGCCUGGUAAUGGCCGGUUUCUUGACUGAGAGCGAGCAGGAGAUCCUAGAGACGUUGAAGAGCAAGUCUAGCGUGCACAACGCGUGGGCGCCGAUAUUGUGGGCGUGCAAGACCGUUGACCGGGCCAAGAGAGACGGCCUGGUCAGUGAUGCCGGCCAGAGAGCCAUCACCGCAGAGAUCAUCACCAUCAGGGCCAAGUGUGGGGGGCUCUUGGGCUGGCACGAGUACAAUGUCCCCCUCGUCUAUACUCAGGUUGUGACCAUAGCGGUGUACUCCUUCUUCUUCUUCUCCGUGUUGGGGGAGCAGUUUCUGAGGACGGACCAAGGCUACGCCAACCACACCAUAGAUCUCUACAUCCCGAUCUUUGCCCUCCUUCAACUGUUUUUCUAUGUUGGCUGGAUAAAGGUCGCCGAAGCUCUCCUCAAUCCUUUUGGCGAGGAUGAUAAUGACUUCGAGUUCGUACCACUGCUUACCAGGCAUGUUGAGAUGUCCCGUUUACUGUCGGAGCCGAGCCCUAGCGAACUGCCGGAGAAGGUACGAGACAUUGAGACGGAGGCGCCGCCUGUCAAGAUUAACUACGCCAAUGAAGACGAAACUCAGUCUAACACUUCCACUGAUUAGGAACCAGCUCGGAGCCUCAGUCCCUGGUGCCUCAGUCCCUGGAGCCUCAGUCCCUGGUGCCUCAGUCCCUGGUGCCUCAGUCCCUGGUGCCUCAGUCCCUGGAGCCUCAGUCACUGGUGCCUCAGUC